UUUGGAUGUGACUACGCUACUUCUCCUUCCUUUUUCUCCACCAGUCUACUCCCUAGUUCAACACUUCCAAACUCACUUUCCUUUUUUUUCUAAACUUUCAUUUUGCAGAUUAUUUCAUCACCCAGGUAUUGAGCCUAGUACCCAUUAGUUAUUUUUGUGAUCCUCUCCCUCUUCCCACCCUCCAAAAGGCCCCAGUGUGCAUUGUUCCCCUCUGUGUGUCCAUGUGUCUCACCAUGUAGCUCCCACGUAGAUGUGAGAACGUGGUAUUUGGUUUUCUGUUCCCAUGUUAUCUCCUCCCUUUCUAGGGAAGCUGUGGCAUCCGCGGCCUUUAUGUUACCUGGUCUUGCUUCAUCAUGAUCCCAGAGAAUGCCUUCUCUGCCUUCACAGCGAACACAGAUCCCCACGUGCACCAGAAAGGUCAUUUGAUGUGGGGGGUGUCUGGAGACAGAUGGGCCAGCUUGAGACUAUCUGGCAUCUGGCGACACUCCUAGCUUGGACUGGGUCUUGCCAUUGCCUCAGGAACUCACAUUUAUUUCCACACCCGCAUACUCCAGCCCCCGUUGUAUGCCGUGUGCUCAUCGAUACUGUCCAUGUUUCACAAUGCUUUUGGGCUGCUUCUGGGCCAGCUCUAACCAGACUGAUUCUGUGUAGGGAGGGAUGCUAUGGGAGAAAUGGGGUGGGAAUGGGGGGUCUUGUCCAUGGUCAUGGAGCAGGGUAGGUAGCCAGGAUGGCCAGGAAGUGUUUGCAUUUGGAAUGUGCUUUUCCCAUUUCAAGUCACCCUUGGCCACGUGAUGUUUCCUAACAAGUUUUGUGAUGUUCUACUCGAUCUCUGGGGCAUCAGAGAGUUGAUUCAGGAGGGGGGUUUAUAGUUGGAGAAGGCCUAUUUGUAGCAAGUUCUUGAUAGCAUGUGACCCCCACUUGGCAUGGUGCAGUUUGGGGACUCUUCCUGUUUUCCUCCCAGCCAGCCAUCAGCUAAUCUAAUCCCUUCUGAGGGGUUGACUAGUACAGGUGUUGGCUGGCAGUGACUUUAUUUCUUAAAAGAGGACUCAAGGCUUGCUAUGGAAUUUUUUGGUAGACCUGGCAGGAGGGUCUUCCUUCCCUAUCUGCUUUUCCAGUCUGUGCUUUUCUGCAGCUGGACUCUGCGCCACACUCCCCCACUGGCUUGGCCGUGGGGCACCUAGCUGCUAGUGGGCUGCCUGGUCCACAGCACAGCAACAUUUCCAUCCCUUCUGGCAUUGUGAUUUCCCUGCAGUGAGGGACUGAUUUAUCCAGGGUCAGGACUGGAGUCCUGGUGGCUCAAAUCUGUGCUCUCCUGUUGGUCUGUAAAUGUGGCUCUACCGGGCCUGUGGGGCCUGAGAAAAUGUGUGGGGUGGACCUUGAAAUCCCCAUGCUCUGCUCUGCCUGAAUGUCUCACUGCUGUGGAGUCUGCGGGAGGCACUGGCCUGCUUGUCCAGCCCCAGGAGGCUUCCAGAAGGGAUGACGGACAAGGAAGGGUGGGAGUCACUUAUCCUUAGGGCUGCCUGUGUGCCUCCUGGCUCAGCAGUCACCUGGGCCACCUGGCAGCAUAGAACUUCGGUCUAGGGACAAAAAGCCCAAGAAAGGGGACAGUCACCUUUGCCUCCUUUGUCUUGUGUCCUGCUCAGAGGGGCAGCACCCCAGCCUGCACGUGGGAUGGGGUCUGAGGAUCUGCUCAGGGAUCUGCCCAGGUGGACCUCUUGGCCCUCUUUGCGAAAGGGAAGGACUCUUGGGGACAGGGCUUCUGGUUUUGGCUGGCUGGACUCGCAUGGGGGUGCCUAUGGGCCUUGGGGAUGAGGAGAAAUAAGGCGGCCCCGCCCCGGAGUCAGGCCUGUGGAGAAGGGGCGGUAGCCCACGGCGGCUGGAGCUCUUUGUCUAGGAAGGGCACAAGCACUCUGCGCAGCCGGUGGGGGCGUAGGGCGCCUGGGGUCCGCCCCUUAGUUCCCUCCCUGACGCAGCCGUCUGCCGCCCGCCAGCCUGGGCUCCAGCACAUCUGGCGAUCCCACCACAUCUGGGCAGCCGGCGCUGGAGCAUGAACGGCUCUCAGGUGGGCACUGCGGCUGGGGCCGCCUGGCUGAGCUCCUGCUGCAACCAGUCGGGGUCGCCGCCGGAGCCCCCCGAGGGGCCGCGCGCGGUGCAGGCGGUGGUGCUGGGCGUGCUGUCCCUGCUGGUGCUCUGUGGGGUCCUGUUCCUGGGCGGCGGCCUCCUCCUCCGCGCCCAGGGCCUGACAGCACUGCUGGCCCGCGAGCAGCGUGCGUCCCGCGAGCCCGAGCCCGGCAGUGCCCGCGGAGAGGACAGCGAUGACGAUGACCACUCCUAGGCGCCUGGCUGCGCUCGGAGGUCUUCCGUCCCCAUGCUGCCCCGGACUCUGUGCGGACGGCUGCUGCGGUUCCGACCCCUUUUCCGAAGCGGCGCCCCCCACGCAGAUUCCUGAGCCCUGCGUCAUCUGCUGACCAGAGAGCCCACUCUCCUGCUGCCGCUCUGGGGAACCCAUGCCACCCUCAGCCCAUUCUUGGUGCAGAUGACAGACUGGGAGAUACCUGGCUCGUGGUGAGACCUCAACCUGGGAUCCUUGCACCCAGCCGCUGCCUCUGAACUGCUCUGCUGGACCGCAGGAAGUCCUCGGUGUGGGCCUGCACACUCCCAGCCUGCUUGGGGCCUGCUGCAUGUCCUGGGCACUGAAGUGGCCACACGUCCUGGAUGCCUGGUGCAGCACGUGCUGGCUGUGCCCUCUGCCUUCUGGCCUCUGAGGACAUGAAUGCACACCUGUCCUGUCUGGUGUGAGGCAGCAGUGGUCUGACAGUGACCCGCUCCUGCUCCGAGUCAGUGCCUCCCAUUUGCUGGCCUGCGGCACCCCCGCCAUCCAGGAAUGCUGCAUCACUUUCUGUGGCCCCUUAUUAAAUAUGCUGGUAAUGCAA